AAAGACGAUGGCCUACAGCUCGUACCGCACCGAGGUGAAGAACAUCCAGUCUUUCCUGCAGAUGAAGAGUCUAGCGCCUCCUCCUGGCCAGGCAGCGCCUGACGUAGAGUCCAUGGAGAUGAAUGCCGAGUGCUUUGUUUCUCCACGAUAUGCAAAGAAGUACAAGACCAAACAGCUGACCACACGAAUCUUGGAGGCCCUUCACAAUAUUUCCCAGCUUUCCCUCAUGGAGGCCAAAAUGCGUUUUAUCCAAGCAUGGCAGUCCCUGCCUGAGUUUGGCAUCAAGUACUACAUUGUCAG